UCGUCUCAUCCACAAACGUAUAGAUCCACAAAAUUAAUUAAACAGUGAAAAUGGUUCAAUACUGUCAGCUGAUGUUUUUGCUGACAGCUCUUACCACCUUCCACGUGUCAACCAAUUCAGCGGCUACCCCACCGCCGCUAUCAUCCACCGCGAGGGAGUUUCUGGAAACUCACAACCAAGCAAGAUCAUCCGUCGGCGUAGAGCCACUAACAUGGAGCGAGCAGCUAUCCAACAUUACUAACAAGCUCGUCCGCUAUCAACGAGACAAAAUGACAUGUCAGUUUGCCAACUUAACAGCCGGAAAAUACGGCGCGAAUCAGCUCAUGGCAGUUGGCGCGACGGUGACGCCACGCAUGGUGGUUGAAGAGUGGGUAAAAGAGAAACAGUUCUAUAACCAUAGUGAUAACUCGUGUGUUCCGAAUCAUAGGUGUGGUGUUUAUACUCAAGUUGUUUGGAGGAAGUCGCUUGAACUUGGGUGUGCUCAAGCUAUGUGUGGUAAAGAUGGAACCAGUUUGAGUAUUUGUUUUUACUCUCCACCUGGGAAUUAUGUCGGAGAGAGUCCUUAUUGAUCGCUGUUGUUCUUGUAAUUGUAAUGUUGUUAUGUUUCUAUUAGUGUUGUUCUGCUUGAUUUGGAUCUGAACUUCAUGAAUUGCUAAUGAACAUUUCUUCAAUAAAAAAAAGCUCUAGUUUGCAGA